AUGCCGGGUACACCUCUGCUCGAGUUGAGGAAUAUCGGCUGCUACAAGCAGAAGGGCCAGCCCAUCUUCGCCGAUGUUAACCUCAAAGUCAACGAGGGCGAGGUCGUGGUACUUCAAGGCAAGAGUGGUUCAGGGAAGUCGACUCUCUUGAAGUGUAUAUCCCACUUGAACGUCUACGACGGCGAAGUGCUCUACAGAGGCCGGACACCGCAGUCUUAUGGCAUCCCGAAGUUCCGUACGCAAGUGCUCUACGUCCCGCAACGCCCGUCCCUCCUCCCGGGCUCCCCGCGCGACUUCCUCCAGGCCGUCUCCACCUUCGCCGUGCACAAGAACCCCUCCGCGAAGGACAAGGCGGCGGUCGCGCUCUCCGAGGCGCUUGGGACGCGGCAGGGAGAAUCAAAUUUCAGUGAAUCGCACGCGACGUUCGCGGUCGCCGAGUCCUGGGGCAUACAGCCGGAGCUCUGGGACCGCUCGUGGGCGAACCUGAGCGGCGGCGAGGCGCAACGUAUUGUGCUUGCCAUCGCUGUCGGGCUUGACACGGCGGAGGUCCUCCUCUUAGAUGAGCCCACAUCUGCGCUGGACGCCGAGUCAUCGGGCAAGGUAGAGGAACACCUUGCGUCAGCGGUCAAAUCCCCGGACUCGAGGCUGAAGUCUGUUAUAUGGAUCACGCACUCUCCAGAGCAGGGCGAACGGGUUGGAACACGCUUCAUUCGCGUAACGUCUGGCGGCGUUCAUGAGGACAAUACGGACCCUGGGGUAUAAUAUUAAAUAGUGGUCAACUUGUAGGCUCGUGUGUUGUUCCCUCCGAAUCGCUACCAGAGUCAUUGCAGAACGGGUGUAUUCAAGUAAGAAGUAAU